CGAUCUCCUCAGCUUGCUUGGCGAGCUUCCGUGGGCCGAGGGCAGCGGGGAGUACCAAAGUACUGUUUCUCCGUCUUGCUGCAUAUAACUAUUGGACCACUGGCCAUCCGUCCCGUAAGCUCUCAUGUUUCGUCUGUCACACCUGGCACUCGUGAGCAUUCCGCACCGUUCUCAAGAUGAAGGCCAUUGCAUAUGCCGCCGUCCUCCUGGGACUCGUUUCCACGGCGCUGGGUCAGUCCCAGACUCUCGCCCCGUCCCCUACCGAGUCGUACGGAUGCGAGCCGCAUGGCGAUCACUGGCACUGCGAGGGCCCCCGCACCGCCCAGUCCCUCGCCACCACCACUACCGGCGCUGCCCUGACCACGUCGACGGCGGCACAUGAUCAUGAUGAAGAUGACGAUCACGACCAUGACCAUGACCAUGACGACGACCAUGACGGAUCCACCGAUGCCACCGGCACCGGCAGCCUGAAGCCCAGCCCUACCGAGUCGUACGGCUGUGUGGCCCAUGGCGACCACUGGCACUGCGAAGGCCCCAUUACCGCCUCAUCCGCCGGCACCGCCUCUACCCUGGCGACCACCACCAUCACCUCCUCCUCGACGCCUGCUGCAUCGAGCAUCGGAACCACCGAUGCGGCGGCUGCCUCGUCCACAAGCACUGCCGGUGCACCCCGCCUAGAGCUGGCCGGACUGGGCUUCGCCGGCCUCGCCGCUGCCGCUGCUCUGGCUUUCUGAUGAUUUCGUCACUUUCCACCCUUCCCCCUGAACCUUGUUGUUAUAAUCAACCACACGGAGCCAAGUCUCAAGCUAGGACGGCAAUGGACGGAAGACAGGAAAUAAUAAUGCGGAGUCGUGGAUGUUUGAUUCUUCACUUCAUCAACCUGUAACUAAGUACUUGGUAUUCAUGAUCCUUCGUAUAUAAAACUUGGAGCUACGUAUCAGAAGUACAUAUCUAGCAUGUGACAUACUUUUAACCGUUG